UACCUCUUGGUAGUAUUUACUUGCUCUUGAAUCUAUGAUGAGCAACAUGGCGGACGAAGUUGAUGUUGUCGAUAUCGAAGGAGAUGAAAACGACGGAACUUUAAGUGACUUUGCAGGAGAUGGUGGAGGAGAUGGUGGUAUCCUUCAAGAUCAAUAUUUGCAAUCGGCGUGGAAGAACAACAGCAGUGUAUUGCCUUGGACCUUAGACAGCUCCAUCAGUGCCGAGAACAGGGAGGUCAUUGAGAACAUGCUUCUCGAGGAACAGUAUUAUCUCACUGGUAAAGCAGCACCGAAGACUGCUUGGACCAAUGAGAAGCCUAAAGCUAAAAAGUCCCCUGUGAAGACGUCUGCACCACCAGCGCGCUGGGCUCAGGAGGAGAAGGAGCUCUUUGAGAAAGGACUGGCCCAGUAUGGCCGUAGAUGGACAAAAAUUGCCAAGCUUAUUGGCAGCCGCACGGUCCUGCAGGUGAAGAGCUAUGCCAGGCAGUACUUUCGGAACAAGGCUAAAUCUGAGCCUCCUCCUCCUGCAUCCUCCAACAAGCCCCCAGAUCUCCAGCCCACUACUCCGCAAAAACUAGUGAAGAACCACAUCACUGCACUGACCAACGCAGUGCGGAUCGAGACGCUGUCCGAUGACGAGGAUGUGGACAUCACAGACGACCUCAGCGAUGAAGGCUCGCAGACUGACCAACCACCAGAGAUGGGUGGAGGUCAGGAGGGAGUAGAGGAGCAGGAUAGCCAGGGAGAGGCCAGCCACAGUCCCCAGUCUCCCCCAACACCACCCAGCCCCAAAGCCUCACCACCCAGACUAGCAGAGGCAAGCGCCUAUGGUGGGACACUGGAAGUGGACAGUGGUCCAAGCAGUGCAGUCCAGUUUGAUCCUAGUGUCUCUGAAGAGGAAGGUAAAACUGACCUUGAAUCAGCAAGCCUUGGGAGGACGCCUCAAGAAGAAGAGGAGAAACAUUAUGACACAGAUGAGGAGGACCAGGAGGAGGAAGAGGAUGAUGAGAUCAGGGCUCCUGAACAGGAAGUGACCUUAGACAAAGAUGAAAUCACUGAGGAAGAGAAGCAGGCUAUCCCAGAGUUCUUUGAGGGACGACCGGCAAAGACCCCAGAGAGAUACCUUAAAAUACGGAACCACAUCCUGGAGCAAUGGGAGAAAUGUAAACCCAAAUAUCUGAACAAGACGUCGGUGAGGCCUGGUCUGAAGAACUGUGGAGAUGUCAACUGCAUCGGCAGAGUGCACACUUACUUGGAACUCAUCGGUGCUGUCAACUUCAACUGUGACCAGGCCAUCUACAACAGACCCCGGCCGGCGGACCGCUCGCGGCUGAAGGAGGGCAAGGACACACUGGAGGCCUAUCAGCUGGCCCAUCGGCUGCAGUCUAUGCGCACGAGGAAACGCAGAGUUCGGGACGUUUGGGGAAACUGGUGUGACGCCAAAGACCUUGAAGGGCAGACAUACGAGCAUCUCAGUGCUGAAGAGCUGGCCCUGAGAAGAGAAGAGUUGAAGAAGCACCCCAGACCCUUUAAACAGGCCAGACUAAAGGGGUCUAUUGAUCCCUUCCAGCUCAUCCCAUGUAAACCUUUUGGUGAAGACAAACAGGAACCUUUCCAGGUGAUCGUCAGUGCUGAAGCAUUGGUUGUCAUGGAUAUGCAUGCUCAUGUGUCCAUGGCCGAGGUGAUUGGUCUGCUGGGCGGGGCUUACCUCGAGGAGGAGAAAGUGUUGAAGAUCAGCGCAGCAGAGCCCUGUAACAGCCUGAGCACAGGCAUGCAGUGUGAGAUGGACCCGGUCUCCCAGACCCAGGCCUCCGAGCGGCUGGCAGCCAAGGGGCUCAGCGUGGUGGGCUGGUACCACUCCCACCCGGCCUUCGACCCCAACCCCUCGGUGCGGGAUAUUGACACGCAGGCCAAAUACCAGAGCUACUUCUCCCGAGGUGGAGCUCCGUUCAUUGGGAUGAUUGUGAGCCCCUACAACCCAAGCAACCCCUCCCCCGUGUCCCAGACCACCUGUCUGGUGGUGAGCGAAGAGGAGGGACCAUCAGGCACUCAGAAGCUGCCUUACAGGUUUGAGCUGCAGCAGUGCUCUGAGAGACCGGACUGGAAGGAGGUGAUGAGGAGAGCCGAGUGGGUCGUGCAGAAGUACCGGCAAACCCACGGAGCUGUACCUUUAGAGAGGAUCUUCCGCAGAGACUCUCAGCUUACUUGCUUAGAAAAGAUGCUUGCGUCAAUGAAGACCUAUCUAGAACUCUUACCAGAUGUCGAAGUCAACACGUUCUUAGUCCAGAUAGAGACUCUCUUCGUUACUCAGUUCACCAGUGGAACGGAGGGGACCGACGGAGGAGAAGAUGGCGGCGGCUCGGCUGUCUUCCUGGAUGAACCAGUUAUGCUGGACCACGGCUACACCCUCGCCUCCCCUCGGCGAGUCAAUGACAACGAGAUGUCCGAUACCCAGGAAGUGUACACGGAGGAAGAAUCAAGCCCAAAACCUACUGACUUUGAUAGCCAAUGCAAUACAGGGACGUCUUGACCAUCAUGUGCAGGGCAGCAGGCUCUGUCAGAAAAACACUCAUGUUGAAGCCUGUCACUGUCUUCCAUUACCGCAGGACCAGCCUCCAGAUCACAUUCUCAUGCAGCAGCUCAGUUCAGUAUGGAACUGUUAUUAAAACAGAGGUUUUUGUAUCCCUCAAAACAUCACUGUAAAUUAAACAAAAAACUACUCUUAUGACAUUAGAGUUCAUAGAGUUGAUAUUACGAAGAUGUCUAAUAAACGUCUGAAAUUUAAAAAUUGGUAGCAGAUAAAAUACGUAUGCAAAGUAUGUUGUUGUUUUUUAAGUGAUAUCAACCUUAUAAAUGAAUGUGGUGUAUAACAAAUAUAAUAGAUCUUAUAGCUAUACUUAAAGAAUGUAAUAUUUACACUGUAUGAAAUAAAACUGGAAUAGUCCAUCA